AUGAAUAUGGAAGAGUUAAGCGAAAUGGAGAAUAGUGUGAAGCGUUUGCGGGAACACGUACCCGAGGAAAACCCGAAGCGACUGCGCACUCAGAUGCUGGGCGUGGGGCCGACCAUAGGCCUACGGGACGCUGCCUGCGCACGCGCUGAAGCCGCCGCGAUGUACGCGGCGCUCACCCACGACACUGGAAAGACGCGCAGGCAGCAGCAAGCAAUGGCGACGCAGAUAGCUGCUAGGCGGACCGCCGUCGCACGCGCAUCCAGCAAGCACGCCGUCGCCAUCCACGCGCAAAUGACCCGCGUUCUGUCGAUACACGCGAUCGCCGCUCAAGCAGCCGCAAGGUACGCGGCCACGUGCAGCAUGACGACGGGCACCCACGUCGAAAAUACCGACACCGCACAGGCUACAGCAGCACGCGCCGCCGCAGCCCAAAAAACCGCACGACGGGCCAUCGCCGCGUGCUCGGCCGCCGUACAAGCUACAGCAGCGUUCACCAGCGCAGCGCACGCUGCGUACGAAGUCGCCCGGCGCACACUGGCCGACUCCCCGACCGUCAGCCCUACGGGAGAUGACAGGUACAACGCCGCCGGGGCAGCCGAUUUCUCGCGCAUAUCCCUACACCAACAACAACGACUACAGCAACAUCGUCGACACGGCCAGCCAACACGAGAGACCGUAUCAACACUCCUUGGCUACACUGUCACCAUAGCAACGCAACAUGUAGCCACACAACUCAGCAACACGAAGAGCACUGCCUAUAAAGAAAUGACUCAGCAACAUACGAGUUAG